UCUGCCGCUUUCUGUUUCUCUUCCCACCAGUGCCCUCCCUCUGGCACCCAGCCCUGUAUGGCGGCUCGGGCGCCAUGGCCAAGGCAGGUGCUGUGGCUGCGUUGGAGGAGGAGCUGACCUGUCCCAUCUGCCUGGGCAUUUACAGCAACCCCGUGUCCCUGAGUUGUGGUCACAGCUUCUGCAAGGAGUGCAUCCAGGAGGUGUGUAGCCGCCGGCAUUGCCUGCAGGGCCCCUUCAGCUGCCCGCUGUGUCAUGCCCAGGCAGACCCCGCUAUGGAGCUGCAGCCCAACGUCCAGCUCCGCAGCAUAGUGCAGAAGUUUUUGGAUGCUCCCGCUCAUCAAGAGGAGGAAAAGCAUGAAGUGCAAAGCGAAGAGAAGGGGGAAAGUUCGGGCCAGCAAGAUGAGGCGAUCCUGUGUGAUUUCUGCCUUCAGGAGCCCCAGCCCGCUGUGAAGACCUGCCUGAACUGCGAGGCCUCCCUAUGCCAAGCCCACCUGGGCAAGCACAGCACAAAGAGCCCCCUGAAAGACCAUGUCCUGAUAGAGCCCCGUGAUGCUCAGGUUUUGGCUGAGAGGAGGUGCCCCCAGCACGGCAAACUGCUGGAGUGCUACUGCAAGACGGACUCGCUCUGCAUCUGUGUGCUGUGCUGUGUCGCCAGCUCCCACAAGAACCACAAGAUCACCACUUUGGAGGAGGCUUUUGGCCAAGCUCAGAGUGUUCUUCCUGAAACGCUGAAAACUCUGAAAACACACGAAGCUGCGCUGAAUAAAAGCAUAGCAAACCUGCUGAAACAAGAGGAGGAAGUAAAGACUAAGGAGAGCCAGCGGAGGAAUCGGCUGGAGAACCUCUUCGAAGAGAUGUGUCUGCAGCUAAAUAACAAAAAAAGAGAGGUCCUGAAAGUCCUCAGUCACAACGAGGAGCAACAGCUUUCUCAGAUUCAGACACAGAUAAAAACACACGAAGAGGGGAAGGAUGCAUCCAGCCGUGAUGUACAGGAGCUGGAGGCUCUGAAAGAUCAGAAAGACAUGCUUCUUUUCACCAAGGUUUUUUCAGCGAUUCGAGCCAGAAAAUGCAAGCCAGCUCCUAAAAAAGCUGCUGUAAAACUGCCAGUGCCACCCAUUAUUUUGGAUGAAUUAACAACUGACACUAUUCUAAGGCUUUUUCGGCAAUUCCUCUCAGACAUGCAGUCCUUAUUUAAAGCACCACCUGUUCAUGAACAUCUGACUUCUUCAAUGCAUCAAGGAGGUGGAUUUGCUUACAGUGACAACAUAAUCUUUGCAUCCUCACUCUCUCCUUUCCAAUUUGGGACAUUAAAUUCAUGCAAUGCUAUCCAACACACGCAGAGCGACCAGAGCUUCUCGGAGGGCUGUCACUUCUGGGAGGUGGACACCAGCAAUUCAAGGUGCUGGAAGCUUGGAAUCAUUAAUUCCAACUUUCAGUGCUACCUGGAAAUGUUUCAUCAUGAGCUUCGUGUGUUCCUAGGUGGAACAAUGACCACAGCAAAGCACUUUCCUACAGCCCUCCAAGUGGUCAGGGUAGAGCUAGACUGCAGAAGAAAUACACUGUCAUUUUAUAACGCAUCUGUCAAGAAUGGAGAUCCUGCUGAGAGCCUCGGGCUUAUAGAGGCAGUAAGCAUCCCUUCGAACUACCCCGCCUAUGCUACCUUCAGCGUGUCUGACGGCUCUUUGAAGCUCCUGUAGUUAUGUGGGGACAAGGUGCUGUUUUGUAUUUCCAGGCCUAGGUAUUGGGACUGCUGCUGCGCCGAGGCUGUGUUAAGCUGGCAUAUUAGAAAUUGGAUUUUGCGCUGCUGUGACGGCUCAUCUGCGUGAGGGCAAGGCCUCUGUGGGGUAUAUCACAGCACACUGCCGCUUUCUGCAAGAGCUCCUAUCAUAUUUGUUCUGUUAAUCACCAUGGAAAUACUGUUAAGUUGUGCCUUUUUGCUCAGCUGUAUCCAAUGCUGUGUUGGCUGCAUGUUAUUACAGUAAUUUAGUUUGCAAAACUCAAUGGCGAUUUAGUUUAUAAAAAAGAUGACAGCAUAAUGUUAACUACUACAGAACUAAGCAGCAGCAAUGCUGAUCGUCGCCCUAAUGCAUCUGCUUUUACCGCUGCUCUCCUCCGCCCGUCCUGCACAACCUAAGCCAUCUGUUGGAGAAGCAAAGCUGGCCUGGGAGGCGAGAAGAGACUAGGUGGUAAGACACCUGGUUUCCCUUGCUCUCUGCUUCUGCCUCUGCCCUGUGAGCUCUCUGAUAGAUCACUUAACUGCUUCUUGCCUCAAUUUUAAUUUUCUCCUCACUUACGCCAAAAUCUCACAGCAAAGGGGAUAAUAAAGAGGAAAACUCCUGUGCCUUUAGUCUGUGCCGUGUGGGGCCUGAAUUAGUUCGUUCUUACGGUUGUCCAAACACCUUGGAGAGGAAGAGAUGACAUUCCUGCCUGCUGCCUGUGGUUCUGCUGCCUUCAGACAGAGACAGGGUAUUUGCAUGAAUAGGUCCAGGCAGGAGCUCUUCACCCCAGCAGGGACAGUGAAAGGCCUUGAGGGACAAUACAGUUUUGCAUAUGCUAAAAUAAA